AUUCAUAAACACGUUCUAACGCUUGGCGAGAAUAACGUCGUUUACUGAGAACAGUCGGUUAUUGAAUUUUCCGUGGAUGGUUAUUUUGAAAAAAAGGCUAAAGAUUUAAAAUAAAAAUAUGUCUGGAGUUACUGGAGAUAUCAAGAAGUUAUUUAACUUUAAAUAUAAAACAAGAAAUGACUCGAUCACAGAUCAAUACAAUCGUGUAUAUAUGGUGAAGGCAAUGAUGGUUGCUGCUUUUUUGACUGGUAUGAAAUGGUACAAAGACAUCACCACUUGUGUCAUCCCUGGCAAAAUGGACAGUAGCACAUUGCAGAAGUACGGACCAGAAGCAUGUUGGAUAAAUGGUUUCUAUGUGUACAAGGAGCUUCGAGAUCGACAAAACUACAUGGGUUAUUACGGUCUACCUGAUGAAGCUGCACAGAACGGCACCGAUAUUUUUACCGGGCUUCCAUGUGUGGCUGACCAUACCAACCCUAAUUGUCAACCAAUGACAAAGAUGUUCUUUUUGCAGUAUCAGUGGUUUCCCUUUUACGUUGCUGCUUUGGGAUUCUUAUACUAUCUACCUUACAUUUUAUUUCGAUACGUAAACAAUGAUCUGAUCACAUUGAAGGAAAGCAUCAAAUCACAAAAGCCGAAUAUUGACGAUAUUGUCAAUAACUACUUUAGCAACGUGGUUAAUACUCCAAAUCAACAGAACAUGAGAGUGUUGGCAAAUAUCUUGGUGAAAUUCAGCUACUUGAUGGCCAACGUUUUAACCUUUGUGUUUACCAACAGCUUGCUUAACGGUGAAUUCAAUAGUUUUGGAUCAGAAUGGAUGAAUUGGUCCAAAAAAACCAACGAAGAGGCUCACAACUACAUUGGAAUGCGCCAUUUGAUUAAACCAGGAGAGAAGCUGCUACCAACGUUUGCAUUUUGUGAUAUCUUAGAAAGAGGUCAAGAUAUUAAGCACCAAUUGGUGAAUGAAGUUACAAGUUUAUGCGAGUUGAGUCAACAUGUUCUUUAUCACUAUGUCCUACUGGCUUUAUGGUUUUUAAUUAUCAUUGGAAUUUUGGUCAGCAUUGUUGGAAUGAUCGAGUUAUUCAUAAGUUAUCUUCUGAGAAAGUCAAUGUUUGGUAAAGAGGAAGUUGCAGCCCAACGUGUGUUCGGAACAUUAACCUCAAGACAAGGCGAAUACUUGGAUUUCAUUAAAAAGAAGAACGUUCCCAUCUAUGGCGAGUUGAUACGAAAGCUGUAUGCAGACAAGUUUGGUAGCUCCUCUAGCUCAGAAGUUGAUGGAUCUUCAAAAGAAGCCGAAAACACAGCAUUUUAAACAAUUUCAAAAAAUUCCAACAUGAUUCAACAAAGGUUCAAGAAAGAUACAUUUGUCUAAAAAAGUGAAACUUUUAUUUCUUUGUUUCGCAUGGAGGUGUUACAAAUAUUGGAUGCAUUCCUUGGUUUUUUUGUCCUUAUUAUGCGCGAUUUAACAUUAAUAUUACUAAUAAGCUUCUCUAUUGCAUUAGCUGGCAUUCAUGAUAAGUCAAAGGAAAGGUUUAAGUCAUGAAAUUCGAAUAAUAACACCGAAACAUCGCACCUCCCUUAAUUAAGUGUAUUAAGAAGUACUAUAUUUUUGUAAUUUUGAAUAGUAUAUUUUUCUGUAGUUUUUUUUUCCCAUAACUUUUUUUACCAGUCAUUUUUAUUGUAUGCUUGUCAAAAUGUUUUUUAUUGUGUGUAGAUAGAUAUAUACUUGGUGUUUGUAUCGUCUUCUUUUCAUUACAAUAAAUUUGUGGAAUUUACUUA